AGUCACGAAGGAGUAGGCUAAAUUUAAUUCUCACAGGACCAACGGAGUUGGAAGUGUUAUAAGAUGCGAGCCUUCUCUGGUUAGAAAGAUGGUACGAAAGUCGAGACUAGAGUUCAUGAUGUAAUUGAGUUUCAAGGGCAAAAGCUGAGGUAAGCCUGCAUGCACAGUUGCACAUAAGCAUCAGUUAUUCUCAUCAAAAUUAACUGUCAGGAACAAUAUUGUUGGGGGUAUUCUUCAGUUGUUUUACUCAACAAAAUCAGCACUUCGGUAUCUUAAAACACAUCAAAAGCAGUUCCAGGAACAGCAUUAGAAAUGGCUGAUUAUUUCAUCACCCACAUCUCUGUCUCAUGCCUCAACAGCUAGUGCAUGGGAUGCGAGGAAGCGCACUUUGUGCAGUAUAUUAUGACUUGUGCUCGUCAAGCAAUGGCCCGCAUAGGUGCCCGACAGUGCUACCCGCUGUGUAGGUCUGGUGCUCGUAGUUUUCAGGCGAGGACUAGUGGAGGAUGAUGGGUUUGAUGUUUUUGGAGGAAGAUGAUGGUUUUCCUGCGUUGAGAACAAAGUUGGAACGAAUUUGUUUGAAUGGAGGAUUCAUAUAUGCUUGCAAAUACUUGAGAAGAAGAUGCCCUUCACAUUGCAUUUUCUCUCCCUAUUUCCCUCCCAAUGAUCCUCAAAGAUUCGCUUGCGUUCACAGAAUCUAUGGUGCUAGUAAUGUUGGAAAGAUGCUUCUGAAACUGCCACCACAUCUCCGAGCUCAAACGGCGGAUACUUUGUAUAUGGAAGCAAAAUGUCGUAUUCAAGACCCUGUUUAUGGAUGUGUUGGUAUCAUCUCUCACUUACAUCAACAAAUACGCAUUGCAGAAAGCCAGCUAGCUAAAACCCAAGCUGAAAUUGCAGUUUUCAAUUCUAUUGCUCGUGAAGCCCAGGUUCAGGAAAUUGAAGCCGAUUCCAACUUCUUCAAAAAUUUAUUGCCGGAAGAGAUCACUGCUGCUGGCCUGAGGUCCUAUGGCUAUGGCUCUCCUUCCACUCAAACUUUUAAGUUUAAUUAAGCAGAAUUUGUUUCAAAUGCUAAAUAAUGGUUUGGUUUUCUUAAACCGAAUUGUACUGUUGUACAGCUUCCAAAUUACUAUUAAAAAAGGUCUUGAUUUUUUUUUUUUUU